AUGGAAUCAACUUCUCGAUCAGACGACGAUUCUAGGCGACAAACAAAUCAUUUGGAAAUUGAAUCAAACGAAGAUUAUCCUGACAGAGGCACAAGAGCGUGGCUAGUAGUACUUGGAGCUUGGUGCGCCAUGAUACCAUCCAUGGGUCUGUUGAACUCAUUGGCAGUUUUACAUGCAUGGCUUGGAGAACACGAAUUGAAAGGAAUGUCAGAAUCCACGGUCGGAUGGAUCUUCAGCGGUUAUGCUUUCUUUCUGUUCUUCUGCGGUGCCCAGAUCGGUAAGUUCCCCAAGUACUCAGUCAAGAAGUCAUGA